AUGCCCCUAGAUUUUCCCGGACUGUUCUCUGACGCUCCUACACGAGAGAGCAACAGGACCACAAACAGCACCAGCAGCGCUGCAAUGGGAAAUUAUAUGGACAACUCACCUAACGUCGUGAAUAUGGCAAAUAUGUCUCGUCAAUCAAUGUCUCCAUCCCCACAACAGAUGAACGGUGUCGGCGGCGGCGGCGGUGGAGGAGUUGGAAAUGGUGUUGGUGGUAAUAAUAUGGGCAAUAAUAACAAUAAUAUGAUGAUGAACGGUCUACCGAUGAAUGCGGGACAUCAGAUGGAUUUGAAUAAUUUAUAUGAUAUGGUGGUGGAGUUUAGCGAUAUUCUGAAGAAUAAUCGUGAAAUGACGAGGGGCAUUGUUGCUAGUGCUGAGGAGAUAAUGCGCCGAUCUACUGCUGAGGGCACGAGUCCGGAUAUAAAUCAAGUCAGCGGAGAAAUAUCAGCCGCUCGAAUCGCCGAGCUCGAACGCGCCCUAGCCCGCGAACGUCGAACUGUUGAAGCCCUUGAGCGCGAACAAUUCGAAAACACAACCCUAAUCGGCGAAUUCGAAACCAGCAUGGGCAUAAUGGUCGAACAGAUCCGCAACUACUGCCAAAACAACAACAUGUACUUUCUCGCACAAAAGAAAGAAUAUAAUGCCCUCCUCCAAGCCGAGCGCGAUGCUCAUUUGGCCAGUCGUUUGGAUCGGGAUCAUUGGCAUGCGCAGACGAUGCGGUUGGCGGAGAUGUUGCGGACCGCGUAUCGGUUGAGGUGUGAAGAGGAUCAGGCACCGACGAGGAUUAUUCAGGCCUUACAGUCGGAGGUUAGGGCUUUGAGGUCAGCUGUUGGUCUUGAGCCGGAGAAGCCGGAGGAAGAGACUGGGUGGGAGUUUUUGAAGGAUUUGGAGACUCCUGCUGUUGAUUGA